AUGGAAUUGGUGGCUCGGCAGGUUUUGAACGGAGGCGUCGACACCGUCUUUGUCAUGCCCAAUCUCCAACCACCCAUCACUAGCGUCUCCCAAGCUCUGGAGUAUCAAUCUGCUCUCCAGUCCAUCGAACCUCGAGUCCAGUAUCUCAUGUCGCUCUACCUCCAUCCCUCCAUCACCCCGGAAGUGAUCGCCGAGGCCGCAGCAGCGGGCAUUACUGGAGUCAAGAUGUAUCCUCAAGGCGUCACCACAAACUCCGAGUCAGGCGUGCCCGCGGAUUUUCUCAACGCCUAUUCCCCCGUCUUCGCCGCCAUGCAGGAACACGACCUCGUGCUCAACCUGCACGGCGAGUGGCCGGGCCCUCUCCCCAACGACGACAUCACCCUCGAAGAAGCCUUCCUGCCGGAACUGAAGAAGCUUCACGAGAGGUUCCCACGGCUCCGAUGUGUCCUCGAGCACUGUUCCACCGCCGCGGCGCUGGACGCCGUACGGGCUUGCGGCCCGUCAGUCGUGGGGACGAUCACGGCACACCACCUCUACCUGACUGGCGAUGACAGCAACGUGGAUCCCCUGGCGUUCUGUAAACCGAUCCCGAAAAAGGCGUCGGAUCGGGACGCCCUGAUCCAGGCGGCGUGCAGCGGCGACCCCAAGUUUUUCUUUGGCAGCGACUCCGCCCCCCACGCACUCUCCUCCAAAACGCAAGCGAAGCCCGUCCCCGCCGGCGUCUUCACCCAACCCUUCGCCACACAACUCGUCCUCCUCGCCUUCGAGGAGGCCAUCGCCCGCGGCGUCCUGUCCGACGAGCAAGUCACGCAGGACAACCUCGAGGGGUUCCUCAGUCGCUCGGCCCGGCGGUUUUACAAGUUGCCCGAUCCGACGCGGGCGAUUGUGCUGGAGAGGAAAGGCGAGAGGGUCCCGACGAGUAUCAAGACCGAGGAAGGAGAUGUCGAGAUCGGGCUGUCAAAGGCCGGGGCGGAGGUGUUUAGUCUCUCCUGGAAAUGA